CAGUACGGUACGGAACAGAAAAAAGGCAAAACAUGCGCAUGCUCUGUCGUAACUUCCUUUCAAAACAACAACAACAACAACACGAGAAAGACAUGUAAAUUUCACAAUAUAACUUCAAAAUAUAUUGAAUUCCUCUAUCUAAAACAGUCGAAAAAAUGCCUCAGAACGAGCAUAUAGAGCUUCACAGAAAGCGACAUGGCUACAGACUUGACUACCAUGAAAGGAAGCGUAAAAAGGAGGGGCGUAAGCCACAUGAGAUGGCAAAAAAAGCAAAGAAAUUAAGGGGCAUUAAAGCUAAACUAUAUAACAAGCAGAGACAUUCAGAAAAGAUACAGAUGAAAAAGACAAUAAAAAUGCAUGAGGAAAGGAAAACUAAACAGAAAACAGAUGAAAAUGUUCCCGAAGGGGCUGUUCCUGCUUAUCUGCUGGACAGAGAAGGACAGAGCCGAGCUAAAGUAUUAUCUAAUAUGAUAAAACAGAAACGGAAAGAAAAAGCGGGUAAAUGGGAAGUUCCUCUCCCUAAAGUAAAAGGAAUGAGUGAAACAGAAGUGUUCAAAGUAGUCAAAACAGGAAAAACAAGGCGGAAAGCAUGGAAAAGAAUGGUAACAAAGCCUUGUUUUGUUGGAGAAGGGUUCACAAGAAAACCACCUAAAUUUGAAAGAUUUAUACGACCUAUGGGUCUGCGAUAUAAUAAAGCUCAUGUGACUCAUCCGGAACUCAAAGCUACCUUUCAUCUUCCAAUCAUUGGUGUGAAGAAAAAUCCAACAUCCCCAUUAUAUACAUCAUUAGGUGUUCUAACUAAGGGUACAAUAAUUGAGGUUAAUAUCAGUGAACUUGGUCUUGUGACUCAGAGUGGAAAAGUGGUGUGGGGGAAAUAUGCACAGAUUACAAACAACCCUGAGAACGAUGGCUGUAUAAAUGCUGUAUUGUUGGUGUAACAUGGCUGAAGAAAAAAAGAAAAGAUCUGGAAACAGAAAUUUUACAUGUUUAUGUCUUGUGUUGUUGACAAUGCCUUUAACAUUAAUUGAGAUACGUAUUUGAUUUACAACAUCCUGUCGAGAAGUUACGGAAAAGUACAAAUAAAAAUCUGUUGUUGAUGGCAGUAAAAUCAAAUUAAAAAGAAAGAAAGAGAAA